AUGAGACUUGCAGUGAGUUGUGCCAUGAAUCAGAACAGAAGCAUGCAAGCACAUGAUCUAUUGAUGAAGAAGGGGAUUGCAGUGAAGUCGUUUGGAACAAAUUCCGUGAUCAGAUUGCCUGGGGAGACGGCUGAUGCAGCGAAUGUGUAUGAAUUUGGAACGACAUACAAGGAGAUACAUGAAGAUCUGUGUAGGAAGAAUGAGGAGUAUUAUAGAGAGACGGGGAUUCUGUACUUACUGGAGAGGAACAUGAGAGUGAAGGAGAAGCCCGAGAAUUUUUUUGAGAGAAGCAAUGAGUUUGAUCUUGUGAUAACGUGUGAGGAGAAGGUGUUUACGAGUAUAUAUGAGUACUAUGUAGGGAAGAAAGUAGGAUCUGGACGUUUUGUGAUGGUGAACUUUGACAUUAAGGAUACGCCGUCUGAUGCAGUUACAGGAGCUCUUGAGAUUCUUGAGUUUGUUGAGGAGGUGAAUAGAUUUGAGCAGGAAGGGCUUGAAUAUGCAGUGCGUAUGGCGCUUGAGAGGCACUUUGAAAGGAGAUCAAGCAUGCUUCUGUUUAGUGUAGUGAGUCUGUGA